AAAUGUUCAACCUGUCCUGUUGUUUGUGAGAUGAGCUGACUGAGAUUUGGUUGCUAGCAGCGAUUAGCUGCGCUGAAUAUAUUUGGCAACGCAACUGUUGUUCAGUUAGCGUGGGCUUCGAUGCCUGCAAGGUGCACGAAGCUUAAAUUUUGAUAUAAUUUAGCCACCAAGUUGAUCUUAUUCAUACCACUGCCAUAACCUAACGUUUCUCAUAGCUGUUAAGCCAGCCUCCGCUUGGGUCACGCAAGCAACCAGCGUUGUUUUUGAUGUAUUUAUACUAAGCAUUACGGUAGUGUAAGAAAUAACUUAACGAUAAAAGCGCUUCUGGGGAAUUGAAAUAUACUCCCUUCAAACUUAGUGACGUGCGUGUAACGAGAUCGAUUAAACGUUUUAAUAUUUCAAUUCAACACCAGACUGUUAUUGUGCGGGAGACACCGAGAGGCAGCUUUUAUGUUAAAAGCAGCACUUACCGUAAUGCAGAGGUACACCACGGCCAACAGGAACAACAAAUAAAACAACGCGGUUGGUAGCCCGUUAUUUGGCAGUAGCUGCAGGCUUGAACGCUGUGGUUUCUUUGCGUGAGCAGAAAUGACUUCUCAGAUCCGUCAAAACUUCCACCAUGACUGCGAGGCUGCCAUUAAUAGACAGAUAAACCUGGAGCUGUAUGCCUCUUAUGUUUAUCUCUCUAUGGCAUACUAUUUUGAAAGGGAUGAUAAAUGCUUGCCAAAUUUUGCAAAGUUUUUUCACAAUCAGUCCAAAGAAGAGGUUGUGCAUGCAGAGAAGCUGAUGACCUUCCAGAACAAGCGGGGAGGCAAAAUAUUUCUGCAAGACAUCAGGAAACCUGAUAGAGAUGAGUGGGGGAGUGGCGUGGAGGCCUUGGAGUGUGCCCUGCAGCUGGAGAAAAAUGUAAACCAAUCCCUGCUGGACCUGCAGAAAAUGGCCACUGAACACAACGACCCUCAUAUGUGCGACUUCAUAGAAACACAUUUUCUGGAUGAGCAGGUAAAAUCCAUCAAACAACUCGCCGACUGGACCUCAAACCUACGCCGGAUGGGAGCCCCUCAGAGCGGCAUGGCUGAAUAUCUCUUUGACAAACACACCAUGGCUGAAGAGGGCAGUUAAAUUGAGGCACUGGUGAUCACGGGUAAUUCUGCUGCAUGCCUGACAAAUACAGUACAUACUGCAUAUGUUAUAAAAGAAUGCUGCUUUAUUUGUGUUCAUUGGCUGUUAGCAGAGGCUGUAGCGCAGACUGGAGUUGUGUAACCCUCACCUCACACUACGUGCAGUGUGUAAAAAUAAAGACUAAGCAGGCCUUUAAAUCAUGCUAGUUAUGCAUUCAGGUUUAGGAAGAUUGGACCGUGACACUGAAACGUUUUAGGCUGUAAUAAUUUAAAUUACAUGCAUUGAAAAAUUGUUAAUCAACCUUUUUUGUUUGAGAAUUUAAAAAGCAAAGAGAAAUUCUGGUUUAUUAUCUGUUAUACCAGUGGUGUUUAAAAUUUUGUGACUGUAAAGUAAGGUAAAGGCACUUUGGACAGAGUUGGACCUACCAUGUGUGUCAUCACUUCAUUACCUCUUAUUUAGCACUUAAGUCCAACCAUCUUGGUGCAUUUUUUGGCUUUUCAAGCUCCUCUUCAGGUAGUGUGGCACCAUGUUGGCAUUAAGCUACACCUCCCAAAAAUGACACACUCAGGCUGAGGUCUUUUGUCCAGCUGAAGCCCCAGGCUUCUGUGUAUUGAUAAAGCUACCAAGGUAUUAUUCGCAAUAAGGUUUUUCUGGCCUAUUCAGUUAUUUUAUUCUUUUUCUUUUUUUCACAGAAUAUUUCUCUUAGUUUAACCACCAUCCACACAUAAAAGCCAAGAACCAUGUUUAUAGUUCACGCCAAUAUAUUCUUGUUACAAUAUGUAACAAUACUAAAACACUGGUUAAUUGAAUUAUAUUUAUUAUUUUAUAGCUUGUGUGUGUGUGUGUGUGUGUGUGUGUGUGUGUGUGUGUGUGUGUGUCUGUUGUUUUCCAUUUGUCUUUAUUUUAAGAAACCUUUGGUUACUAGCACAACUCUAGUUCUCUGAAAACUGAGCUCUGUAUCUCACUGUGAGACGCCUUCGGCUUUGUCCAAUCAAUGAAACUCCACUGCCACUACGUCUGACUUAUACAGACGAGCCACCUCAAGAGCAUGAUGUAGAUCAGUGCGAUGAGAUAGCUCACAAGGCUGAAAUUGCAGCUAAAUGCACUUUAAUGGUGGAAAAAGCCGUUUGCCCAUCUAUCAAAUCCUGAAGGAAGCAUACUUGAAACAGAACACUGAUAGGGAAUUGUAUUCUUAGCUGUGAACUCUCUCUCAAAUAUACACCAUUUUUAACAUGCCAGGUCCAUGUGGAGCAGACAUCCAUAAUUAUGAAUAACUUUGUGCAUUUUUGUCAUUUUUUUAAUGUCUCAUAAAAUCUUUCAGCUUGUUUGAUUUUUGACAGUUAAAUAAACAUUAACAUGCAUAAGCAGUGAGACCUGUGAAAAUGUUUUCUCAUUGUAUUUUAUUUGGACUGAUUGCUUCGUUCUGCAGAUGUAAAGUCAAAUUGUAGAUUCAGUAUGCUUGUAAAAUAAAACAAUAAAGUUGUAAUGUACAAAUAAA